GAAGUGUAUGAGAUAGGAUUCUGUAGAUAAUAUUGCAUACAAAACCAUACACUUUACUACAUAAAUGUAUACGACAACGGUUUUUAUAGGAAAAAACAUAAUCUGUACACAAUCAUCCUAUGCAUGGUAUAGGAGUGCAUUUGGUUCUUUAAGAAACAUGAGUACCGUCAUACAACAUAAUCCCAUAGAACUUUCAAUAAGGAAGAAAUUAGUAAAUUCUUUAAAUCCAUCUCAUGUUGAAGUAAUAAAUGAAUCUUAUAUGCAUAAUGUUCCCAAAGGAUCUGAAACACAUUUUAAAGUAGUUGUUGUAUCUGAUGUAUUCAAAGAUAAGUCACUUCUUAAGCGCCACCAACUAAUAAAUAACUUACUGCAAGCUGAAUUGGAUGGUGGAGUCCAUGCAUUAUCAAUAGUAGCAAAAACACCAGACCAGUGGGAAGACAAUAGUAAAAUUGCUCCGAGUCCAGCUUGUAGGGGUGGUUUUGGAAGAUGAUUACUUAAAAUUAGGGAAUAAAAGUAUGUUAUAUUCACGUUCGAAUCAUG